CAUAACCUCAAAAUUUUGACAGUUCUCUUCUGUUCUUUCAAUAUUUGUCGCAAUUGGUAAAUAUUUUUACAAGCAAUGACCAAAGAAAAACAGUUUUAAAAUAUUUUUAUUAAACAAUUCCUCUGAGAAAAUUAUUAAAUAAUGUUUAAAUAAGUGUAUAAAAGUGAAAACAAUGGAUAUCGAGACGGAAAAAGUGAUAGAACUUGUAUUUCCUGAAGGAAUACCAGAUUCUUGGAAGGAGAAUCCUGAUUUUUAUCAAUAUUUGUCGAAAUUAGGAGGAUUUGACAUCGAUCAAUUGAAUAAGGAACCCGAUCAUUUAGUUGAUGAAAAAAAUGCAGUUUUACAAAAUACCCAGGAUCUUGUUUUUGCCAAUUAUAAAACAUUUAUUCAAACUGCGGAGAGUUCGAGGGAAAUUUUCAAACAAUUCAACGAAACGGAAAAUAGAUUGGAGAAUUUGACAAAGGACAUUCCACGAUUCAUUGAGAAAUGUCAAUUAUUUUGCGAUGCCUCAAAGGAUAUUAAUUCACAUCGCCGACUCAAUGGUUUAACAUUGAAUAGAAGUGGAGAACUUUUGGAGAUUCUUGAAAUGCCACAACUUAUGGAAUCGUGCUUACGAAGUAAUCAAUAUAAUGAGGCUUUGGAAAUAUCGCAAUACGCCCGACAAUUGGGCACGAAACAUGGCGAUAUUCCUAUUGUUGCGUCGGUUGUGGCAGAAAUUGAAAACAGUUGGUCGAGUAUGGUUGGUCAGGUGGUUGGUUCCCUUCGUGGAGAUUUGCCACUUCCUCGAUGUCUUCAAUUAGUCGGUUUGUUGCGUUCAAUGGACGCCUUUACGGAACCCGAACUAAGAAUUAAAUUUCUCCAAGCGCGCGAUAGUUGGCUCCAAGGAUUACUCUCGGCGAUUCCAAACGAAGAUCCGAAUUUCCACCUGACGAAAACAAUCGAACUCUCGAGGAUUCAUUUAUUUAAUAUUAUCACUCAAUAUCGUGCGAUGUUCAGCGAUCAGGAUCACAUUAGUUUGGGACGUGAUAUUUCGAUAAACGAGUCGGCAAUUUUCUAUCAUUGGCUCGAGGAAAAAAUUUCGCAAUUCCUCGGAACAUUGGAACAAGAUUUACCUGGAGUAAAUUCUAUUGAUUCAAUUCUCGGACAGUGUACGUACUUUGCUCUAUCAUUCGGACGAGUUGGAGCCGAUUUCACUGGGCGAAUGUCGGCCAUUUUUGUCAAAGUUAUCGGCGAUAAAGUCGAGGCGAACAUUUGGAGAGCAACGAAAAAAUUUGAAAAGGACAUGGAAACUUUUACGCUUAUCAAUAAAGUUCAACGUUCGGAUGUUAAAGUCGAAAAUGUCGCUCCGUCUGAAAAUCCUCCGGAGCAAUUGAUGGAAUUUUAUCCCCUCGCUGAAUAUUGUAACGGAUUAAUAGCGACUUUCAAUGAAUUUCGACUAUGUUCGCCGAUUGCGCUCUCGCAAAAUUUUACAAAACUGAUGCAAGAAUCACUUUCUUGUGUUGCAAAAGCAAUGUUAUUUUUUUACAAACAGGAGCAACAGGCCUUCACCGCAAACGAAAGGGAAAAUAUGUUGAAAUUCGUCGACUGCCUCAGCGAGCAAUUAAUUCCCUACGUUCAAUUUUGCAUUCACGCACUUUUUCCCGCCAAUCAAAUAGCGACACAUCUCGAAAUUUCUCCCAUUCAAUCGCAGAAAGAGGGCGUGACUUAUUUGAAUGAGAAAUUAAUUCUCGAACCACUUGCAACACUACUUCCGAUUCGUGAUAUUCCAAAGGAUUCAUUUCUCCACGAAUUUCCCAUCUCGGAAACAUUCAAAACGAAAGAAUUGGAAAAUUUCCCAACGAAAAUUUCUUUAGAUGAAAAUAUUAAUUUGGAAAAUUUAACGAUAACAACAACAGUUUCUGAAGGUGAAACAAUUACAGAGAUGAGGGAGGAAAGAAAUGUGGAUAUGGAAAUUUCAACUGAUGUGAGUACAAAAAAUGUCGAGUCAAUUUUAUCUCAAGGGGAAAAUGCUGCUGAAAAUGCGGACGAGUCAAUUAUUAAAUUAUCAACGACGGAGUUUGCAGAAAAAAGUGAGAAUUAAAUUCUGUGAUUUUCCGAUUGAGAAUUUGUUGCGUGUAAAUAAAAUUUUAAUCUCAA